GGGACAGUGCCCCACUCAGUCCCACACAACGUUGGGUGUGUCCCCUCUGGGCCAAGACUGGGACAAGAGUGACCAGCGCCUGCUCCAGGCCGUGGAGAACAAUGAUGUGGCCAGAGUGGCAUCGUUGAUCGCUCACAAAGGACUGGUACCCACAAAACUCGAUCCCGAGGGAAAGUCUGCGUUCCACUUAGCGGACAUGAGGGGUGCGGCGGGCUGUCUGGAGGUGAUGCUGGCUCAAGGCUCAGACAUCAUGAGCACAGAUGGAGCAGGUUACAAUGCCCUUCACCUGGCAGCCAAGUAUGGGCAUCCUGAGUGCCUGAAGCAACUCUUGGAGGCUUCCUGCGUGGUGGACAUUGAGGACAGCAGUGGGUGGACAGCCCUUCACCAUGCAGCGGCUGGUGGUUGUCUGUCCUGCUCAAAGCUGCUCUGCUCUUUCAAGGCACAUCAGAACCCCCGGGAUCGGUCGGGGGCCAUGCCCCUCAUGAUAGCAACUCAGAUGUGUCACACAGAUCUGUGCCGCCUCCUCCUACAGCAGGGGGCUGCAGCAAAUGACCAGGACCUGCAAGGCAGGACAGCCUUGAUGCUGGCAUGUGAAGGGGCCAGUCCCUAGACCGUUGAAGUACUCCUGCAGGGUGGAGCCCAGCUGGGCAUCACUGAUGCACUGGGCCAGGACGCCACUCACUAUGGAGCCCUGACCAGGGACAAACUCAUCUUGCAGCUUCUACAGGAGUCUGCGCAGCGCCCUUCACCUCCCAGUGAGGAUGACUCCGGAGAAGCCUCCUCUCAGAACUCAGUGUCCAGCCGUGAAAAGCAAGGGGCCCCUAAGAAGCGAAAGGCACCCCAGCCUCCAGCCAGCACACCUGUUCCGGACGAUCAGGAUGCUUAUGAGGAGAUUGUACGUCUGCGCCAAGAGAGAGGCUGGGUCCUACAGAAGAUCAGGGGACUGGAACAGCACAAGGAAUGGAGGAGAAGGGAGCCCCUGGAAGCAGAGGCCAGCUCAGUGCACAGUCUGGAGAGGCAGGUGCAGGAGCUGCAGCAGCUGCUGGUGGAGAAGCAGGAGGAGAAGGAGAGCCUGGGCCAGGAGGUGGAGAGCCUGCAGAGCUGCCUGUCCCUGCUGGAGAAUGAGAGAGAGAACACCAGCUAUGACAUAGCCACCCUGCAGGACGAGGAGGGUGAGAUGCCUGACUUUCCAGGAGCCGAGGCUGUGUUGUCAACGCCUCUUUGUCCAUCUGCCGAGGAGCUGGUGGCAUCCCUUCAAGAGCAGGUGGCUCAACUCACCAGGCAGAACCAGGAGCUGCUGGGGAAGGUCCAGAUCCUUGAGGAGUUUGAGAAGGACGAGGUGCAGAUGGCAGAAGACAGUCAGCCUGAGGUAGUCCCUCUGGUCUUGUAUGACUCCCUGAGGGCAGAGCUUGAGCAGCUCAGGAGGCAGCAUGAAGAGGCCAUACACGCUCUGCAGCAGCAGCAGCAGCAGAGGGAGGUGACCAGGGGCCACGGGGCAGAAGAGACAGCACACAAGGAGAGCAAGGACAAGGGCACCACCUCCCAGAAUGGACCCAGUGUCCUGGAGCUCAAUGGCACCACAAAUCCAGAAACCACAGCCAAUGGCACCUGACCCCAAGCCGGAGGUUCUGUGGGCUUUGGGAACACAGAAGCCAGUGCCUCAGAAGUGGCACCCAUGGAGCUGGAGGCUGCAGGUUCAGAGGCCAUGGGGAGAGAUGGAGUGGCAGUGGAGGUUGUGGACACUAGAACCACCAUGGCUCAGGCCCUAGAAGUGAAUGUUGGAAGUGAGCUGGUGGCGGCGGAAGUCACAGGAGUGGAGGAGAAUCUGGGAAUGAAGGAUAAUGGAGAGCAUAUGGUGCAGGAUGGGCUCACAGGGACAGGGAUUAGAAACAUGGAGGCCAUGGUAGUGAAGGCCACAGAAUUGCGGGAUACUGGAGUUCAGGCC